AUGCGUGAAAUCAGAGUCAGUAUCGAUGCCGCAACGGGAAAAAUAACCGUGUGGAACGAUGGUCCGGGUAUCGAACCUGUGAUGCACAAGAGCGGUAAAGGAUUGAUCCCUGAGGUUGCUUUUGGAGAAUUCAUGGCAUCAACUAAUUUUGAUGACAACACCAGACAAAGAUUUACGGGCGGUCGAUUUGGAGUUGGAGCCAAAGCUACUAAUGCAUGGUCAAAAGAAUUUACUGUGAAAACCUUUCAUGCCAAAUCAGGGGUUGAAUAUGAACAGACGUGGACCGACAAUAUGUUGCACAAGACAAAGCCGAAGGUCGCGAUGAUCAAUCUAUACGUUGAUCUGAAUGUUAUCGAAAUCCAGCUGGUGAACCAUGAGCCAGCCAAGAAGGGGUGGACAUGCAUAUCAUGGAUACCAGUAUCUUCAUCUGCAACUCUAGAAGCUAGAGGUAUUGUUAAUGGAGUUUUGUGUAGCCAGGGUACUCAUAUUGAACACUUGGUCACAAAGAUUUCGGAUGGGCUUGUGCAGCGGGCAAUAAAGCAGCAAAAGCGUGACAAAUUGAAGCUGGAUGACAGUAAAACAGGCUUGGCUAAGAUGAAGAACUAUUUUCGACAACACAUGGCAAUAAUUGGUUUGGUGCAGUUCUUUAGGUUUUCACAAACCUUGAUUCUUGGAUGUAAUGGUUUUGAUCAGACCAAAGAAAAAUUGACCCUCAAUCCAAAAGAAUGGGGUUUCCCUGCAACCAUCGAUGAAAAGCUAGUGGAAAGGAUAGAUCGACACCUUGGUCUUGUGGACAAGGUUUUGAUGGAAGCAGAAGCCAGGAAUCUUGCAGCUUUGUCAAAGAAAGCUGGAGGUGCACCUGGAGCUUCUGCUCGAGUCAGCAUAGCCAAAUACCAAGAGGGAGACUCUGCCAAGGAUCUUGCUGUUGCUGGAAUGGAGAUUGUGGGACGAGAUUGCUAUGGUGUAAUACCCCUGCGAGGAGUGAUUAGGAAUGUGAGACCAGCCAAAGUGAAUGCUAAAGUGUUGAAGGACUUCCUGAAGAAUGCCGAAUUGGCUGCAAUCAACAAGGUCCUUGGGUUGCAAUUUGGGGUUGAAUACACACCGGAGAACGUUCAUCGCUUGUUAAGAUACGAUCACUUCGUUAUUUUCUGCGAUCAAGAUCCAGAUGGAGCACACAUCGCUGGAGAAUUGAUCAACUAUUUCACCAUCAUGUUCCCUUCUCUCCUUAAAGCGAAACCAGACUUCCUUAUGCGUCUUGGAACACCUAUCAUUCGCCUGAAGUCUCGUUCUGGAAUGACAGAUCACGAACUCAAGAGCAAAUAUAAAAAUCUCGAUGAUCACCUUGUCCCAAUCUUAUACAAAGAUCAAGAGGAUGAUGAGGUGGUGGACAAAUGGUUUCGGAAGAAUCGUGCAGAUGCCAGAAAGGUGAUGUAUACUGCAAUCAAAAGAAAGUUCAAAGAUCCCAUAAAAGUCGUGCAAUUUGCUGGAGCUGUCCUUGAGACCGCAGCAUAUCACCACGGUGAUGCAGCUCUACAAGGGGCAAUCAUUGCAAUGGCCCGUCGUUUCUGCGGUUCGAAUAACAUCAACCUUCUACAUCCUGAUGGACAAUUCGGUUCAAGACAUUCUAACCACGCAGGAGCUGCAAGGUAUAUCUCAGCAGGGCUCGAGAAGAUAACUCGAUCCAUAUUCAGACCAGAAGAUGAUCCAAUACUGGUUGUCAAACUCCACUGUGACUACAGCAGCAUGAGACGUUUAUGUCAGGAAUAUCAAAACGAAGACGGACAAGUGAUCGAGCCUAAAUACUUUCUUCCUGUGGUGCCGAUGGCGUUGAUCAAUGGAUGUGAAGCUGGAAUCGCUGUGGGAUGGUCUUCGUUUGUUCCUAUGUACAACCCAAGGGACGUCUUGAAUUGGCUUCGAGAGCGUCUGAAACAGUGCAGAGAUCAGGAUGCAAGUGGCUAUACGAUCGAUGCUUCGAUCCCGGGGGUGCUUGAUGCAGCUCUCAGCCAAACUAGAGAGGAAACCGACACUUUGGAGAAGAUGAAUGACAACGAGGGGCAGGCAGAUGCUGUGGAAGCCAGGGCGGAUGAUGUCAGCGUAGAAGAGGAUGGAGAGGAAAAUCAGAUGACGGAUACGGACAUUCCGUCCACGAGCAGCAAGAUUACCUCUUCUGUUCGAGCAGCCAUGAAGAAUGAUGGAUACACCGACGUACUCGUACCAUGGUAUGACGGUUUCGAUGGGGAGAUUUUCCGAACAGGACCACACUCCUACAAACUACGAGGAAAGGCAGAAUACUUCGAACCUCUCAAGAAAGGAGCCCACGGAACUGUCGUAGUGACCGAGGUGUCGUAUCCUGACCCUUCUCGUCUAUGGUUGAUUUCAGUGCAGGUCGGUCCAACCGUCCGGUCCGAUGCGCUGCGAGAGGCCUGGAAAGAACGAUGGGGUCCAGCAGAAGUCAAGGAUGCUAAACGCAAGAAAGCAAGCGAAGGCCACCAGUUUUUGAAGGACGAGCAGAUCCACAACACGGCAACCAAAGUGCACAUCGAGCUUUUCGUAGAUCCGCAAAAGAUUCGAGCUGCUGCUGGUGUGAGCAAUCCAAAGAAGCACUUGACCCUGGAGAAGCUGGAAAAGAUUCUAGGAAUCUCUGAGAGCGGUGCCAACCAAUUCAGCACCACCAACAUGCAUCUCUUCGAUGCAGGAAUGACCAUGAGGAGAGGCUAUCCUGGAGCAUUUCUUUCGCCAUCGUCUCAUCGGCUACGAGAAACGAAAGGACUAUCAGGUCCAAGUGCGAAGUUCCCCAUGUUCAUCCUGACUGCAAGGGUGCAGGCGCGCUACUGCACGAUGGUGCAUGACGGAGAGCUAUCGAUCGUGAAGAAGACAGUGGCGCAGAGAGAAAAAGAUCUUGCCGAUGCAAAUUUCACGAAACUUCUUCCAAAGUCGAAGAGAGACGCUGCAGAAGAUGACGAGAAUCGAGAAGGUGACGAUGACAAGGGCGGCAGGAGAAGAAACUUAUACUGGCUCCCAGCGAACAACUCGACGAAAGAAACUGCACUACCGUCCUACGACUACCUUCUCCGAGUCCCAACUCUGAGCUGCACCACUGAGCAUGCCAAGAAACUGCGUGAAGAGGCGAAGAGACUGGAGGGGCAGCUGCAGGAGCUGAUGAAGACUGACCUUAUCACUAUGUGGGAGAAGGACUUGAACGAAUUCGAAGAAGCUCUCAAUGACUUUUCGUCGAGAAAGUAUGACGCUCUGAACAAGAACAUUAAGAAUCGGCCUCAGCCUCCGAAGCGGCGGCAUAAGAAGGAGAUCAUGGCAGAGAGGAGAAUUCAGAUGAAGGAGGAGAGAGAAGACGCAGAGAAGAAAAAGAAGCUGACACACUCUCAGAAAACCAUGAUUCACAUGCAAGAGAAACAGGAGAAAGAUCGAAUGGUUUCUUCCAAAUCCCUUGUGCUAGGUGUUAAACAACACCACAAGUCCCUCCAAGGUCGAACUUCUUUCUAA